AUGCCUUCGGAUCACCCAAAAUCAUCUGUUUUAAUUCACAGGAUGAACACCACCGCCACAGACUCCACCGCCGCCGCUACAUGGAAUAACCAAGUCCAGCAGAGUCCCACCGCAGCCGUGCAGUGGCAGACUCCACUUCCUUGCAGCUCCCAAGUCCCGGACCAUGUCGCUUGCUACCACACAUACGCCGUAGGCCAAAACCAGUGCUGCUCCGCCGUGAUCCGGCAAAUAAAUGCUCCCGUCGAAACCGUGUGGUCCUUCGUCCGCCGCUUCGACAACCCGCAGGCCUACAAGCACUUUGUCAAGCGCUGCAACGUAAUCCUCGGAAACGGUGAAGUCGGCACCCUCCGUGAAAUCCACGUCAUAUCCGGCAUCCCAGCCGUGAACAGCACCGAGCGCCUUGAGAUCCUCGACGACGAACACCAUGUUAUCAGCUUCAGCGUCGUUGGUGGUGACCACCGCCUGGCUAACUACCGCUCCGUCACCACCCUCCACCAGGAGGCAGAUGACGACAACAAGACAAUCGUCGUGGAAUCCUACGUUGUUGACAUACCUCAAGGUAACACUAACGAGGAAACUGGCGUUUUCGUGGACACCAUUGUUAAAUGUAACCUUCAGUCACUUGCACAGAUCGCAGAGAAUUUAUCCCGACAAAAUGUUUCUGUCGAAAAAUAUUCCCAGUCAGUUUAA